AUGUUCCGCCCACCGCUUCCGCCGCAUCUGCCCUCUCUUCUCCAUCACCGCCAUUCCUGGCGACACGAUGCUAACUCCUAUUGUCGCUGCAGAUUCCAGCCGCGAUCACAGCCCGCCCUAAGACGGCGGAGACAGCUCAUACAGCGGUUACUGCUCGUCGCCUCGCUCUUCUUCACCGGCGUCUUCUUCUUCUUCCCCAACCUGCGGCCGAACCUUGGCUCCGGCCCGCUCAGUUUCUUCACGUCCAGCGAAGACUCGCAGCUCGAGACGGUGCGAUACUACGAUUUGAACAAUGUCCAGGGCACAGCAAGGGGCUGGGAGAGAGAGGAGAGGAUAUUGCUCUGCGCCCCACUACGAGACGCCGCACAGCAUCUGGACAUGUUCUUCGGCCACCUGAAGAACCUCACGUAUCCACACAAUCUGAUUGACUUGGCCUUCCUGGUCGGAGAUUCAAAGGACAACACACUCCCAAAGCUGAAUGCGUUGCUGGAGGACCUGCAGGCAGACGCAAACCCCAAGCAGCAUUUUGGAGAGAUUUCAAUACUGGAGAAAGAUUUUGGGCAAAAGGUCGAUCAGAACGUUGAGAGCAGGCACGGUUUCGCGGCUCAAGCGGGGCGGCGAAAGUCUAUGGCCCAGGCUCGCAACUGGCUCCUCAGUGCCGCGCUCCGGCCGACGCACAGCUGGGUAUACUGGAGGGACGUUGAUGUGGAAACUGCGCCGUUUACGAUUCUAGAAGAUCUUAUGCGGCACAACAAGGACAUUAUUGUUCCGAACGUAUGGCGACCGCUCCCCGACUGGCUGGGUGGAGAACAGCCCUACGAUUUGAACUCCUGGCAGGAAUCGGAAACCGCCCUCGCGCUUGCGGAUACCCUUGACGAAGACGCCGUUAUUGUCGAAGGUUAUGCAGAGUAUGCUACCUGGCGGCCUCAUUUGGCAUACCUUCGUGAUCCGUAUGGCGACCCCGACAUGGAGAUGGAGAUCGACGGUGUUGGUGGAGUUAGUAUUCUGGCUAAAGCGAAGGUGUUCCGUCAAGGAGUCCACUUCCCAGCCUUCAGUUUCGAAAAGCACGCCGAAACGGAAGGGUUUGGAAAGAUGGCCAAGCGCAUGAAGUUCUCCGUCGUCGGUCUUCCGCACUACACCAUCUGGCAUCUCUACGAACCUAGCGUCGACGACAUCCGGCACAUGGAGGAGAUGGAGAAGGAGCGUAAAGCGAAGGAAGCCGAAGAGGCCGCCAAGAAAGAGCGCAUGGAGAAGAUCAAGGACCAGUUCGAUUCCAAAUCUAGCGAUUGGGAGAGGGAGAAGGCCGAAGUCCAGAACUUAGUCCAGAAAGCGAAGAACGAGGAAAAGGAGAAAGAGAAGCAAGAAAAGGCAAAGGCUGAGCAAGCGAAGCAGGAGAAACCGAAGGAGGAAGUUAAAGAGGCAGGCGAGCAAGCUAAACGGGCCGACAACUUCCUGGAGCCGGAGGAAAUCCAUGAGGCCCGGGGGGUAGACGAGAAACAGAAGCUCGAGCCGAAACAGUAA